CUUGGAGCUCAACAACGGCGGCAGGCAACCCGAAAGAGCGGUCGUCGAUCGGCGCUCCUCCCUCCCGCUCCUCUCGUUAAUGGUAUUAUUGUCUCCCGACACUCUUUUUCCCUCCCCAUUACAUCUUCCAUCUCGGAUUAUCCACCAGAACUACGUUGGGAUCAUCCACGCUCCAACAAGUUUUCUGGUGUUUGUUUCUUGCUCUCUCCCGUUCAUUGUCCGAUAGCUACAUACUCGUCAUCGCUAAUACCCCGCCGCGAUGUCUACCUCUGCCCGCCGCCGUCUUAUGCGCGACUUCAAGCGUAUGCAAACCGACCCCCCUGCCGGUGUCUCUGCAUCACCUGUAGCAGACAAUGUCAUGACCUGGAAUGCCGUCAUUAUUGGCCCCGCCGAUACUCCCUUCGAAGAUGGAACAUUCCGUCUUGUCAUGCACUUUGAGGAGCAAUAUCCUAACAAACCCCCGGGUGUCAAGUUUAUCAGCCAGAUGUUCCACCCCAAUGUCUAUGGCACAGGGGAGCUUUGUCUCGAUAUCUUACAGAACCGCUGGAGCCCAACCUAUGACGUGGCAGCCAUCCUGACCAGCAUUCAAAGUUUACUUAAUGAUCCGAAUACAUCAUCACCGGCAAAUGUCGAAGCCUCGAACCUGUACAAAGAUAACCGAAAGGAAUAUGUGAAACGCGUGCGUGAGACCGUGGAAAAGAGCUGGGAAGACUAGUGUGUUUGUCAUAUGUUCGACUCACAAAUUUUUCAUAUUGUUUUUUGGGUUUCAAUACGGUCCAUCUCUUUAUGACGACAUAGGUUCUCUGCCCAUCUGUCCAAGCCACCAAGUUAUUUGUUGUCUCGUAUCUUCAAUCAUUUGAUACUUGACUGCAUGACUUGUCAUGUACUUGGGCCGAUCUACACAUCAUUGCCUAAUGAUAUGCACAGCGUGGGGUUUUGGCGCCUGGUGAAAUUCUCUCUGUUUGAUAUUACAUUGUCGAUAGUUGCGUUAUUAUCUAGUUUCAUGUUGCAUAAUGCAUUAGCCUCAUUCUCUGCUUUUGCCCUCUACUUUUCCCUAGCAGUUAGUUUCAAGUCUGCAUUUUCAGACGGCGUUUUGUGUGUAAUAUUGCUAUUGACCUUGUGAACCCCUCCACCGCUUGUCCUGGAUGCGGGACGAGGGUUCUACGGGCGCCAAGAAAUCGUCAUCCGUCGUG